AUGGCAAUAACUAGUAAUGUCGCAGUGACCAAAUGGUACCAAGAAAAUACGUCUGUUUGGACUCUCGACUAUCCUCCAUUUUUUGCUUGGUUUGAAUACGGACUUUCUCAGGUGGCAAACGUUUUUGAUCCUUCCAUAACAGUGCUUUCCAAACAGCCGAUGAAUUCAUUUAACACCGUUAUUUUUCAACGUUUUUCAGUCGUUUGUACCGACGUUUUGUACGUAAUAGGUGCUGUUGGUAUUUCGUCAGCGAUAAAAGACGAUUCGGCGUUGAAGAAUUUGCGACGCGAAGUGCUGAUUCUCCUUCUCUGUUUGAACCCUUGUUUGCUGUUGGUGGACAACAUCCAUUUCCAGUACAACGGGUUCCUUUUCGGCGUUUUUCUCCUCUCCAUAAGGGAAAUGUACCUCGGCAACGUGCUGCUCAGUUCUGCGUAUUUCACAGCUCUUCUGAACCUGAAGCAGUUGUUUCUGUACAUCGCUCCUGCUUAUGGCGUGUACAUUUUUAACAAGUAUUUAGUCAUCGACGGACACUCUCCUUACAGAUUUUCAAAGCGAAUCGCAUGGAGUCGAUGCUGUCGUCUGUUUAUGGUUGUGGUUUUUAUUUUUUCACUAAGUUUAGCUCCGUUUUUGUAUGCUAACCAAUUGGGUACUUUAGUUUCGCGUCUGUUUCCGUUCAAGCGUGGUCUCACCCACGCCUACUGGGCUCCAAACUUUUGGGCGAUGUACAGCUUCGCGGACUUAAGCUUGCAUUUCGUAUGCAACAAGUUGAAUUUCACAAUGUGUUACGCGACGACCGCGACUGCCGGAUACACGACCGGCAUCGUACAAGAUUUCGCGCAUUUGGUUCUUCCCAGAGUGACCCCCCUGGUCACAUUUGUAAUCGUAUUGCUCGGUUUGUCGCCACUGGCUGUUUCGUUCAUGAGACCCGUGACGCCCGAUGCAUUCGUGAAGAUGUUGGUGGCUUGUGCGUUUUCAAGCUUUCUAUUCGGCUGGCAUGUUCAUGAGAAAGCAGUCAUAAUGAUCAUCGUACCAUUGACAAUUUUGGCUUUGAACGACCGCAGUUAUGCCAAAAUAUUUUUGCUGAUUUUUUCCGCCGGACUUGCUGGUCUGUUCCCCCUGUUUGCUAGGCCAUUUGAAAGCGUUCUGAAGUAUGGUGUGUUUGUUGUUUACUUCGGCAUUGCGUACAUGUUGCUUCACAAGAUGCAUGGCUGCGGCGGAAAAAUUAGCCUCUUGACGGUUCCGGAAUUGUUCUACGUGCUUGGGAUAGUAUGCAUAGAAUUCUACUGUAGAUUCGCCCAUACUUUACUCUUCACCACUCGUCUGCCGUUUAUGCCGUUGUUGAUAACAUCGGUCUACUGUGCGAUAGGAGUGGUUUAUAGUUGGAUACUGUUCUGUUGGCAUUUCCUAUUGCAUGAAUCUGUUCACGAUAUUUCUGUCAGAACGAUCAAACCGACUUGA